CCCAGUUAUGAAGCUUUUUGUCACGACUCCGCUCAUUUCUUGGCGUCCCUCCUCUCAUAACCUUUGAGAUAUCUGCUACACUUUGUGUGUAUUCAUAUAUUCCAUUCGUUUUGUACCCUCGACCUCAUAUUGGCGAUUUAUCGACUUUGACGAUCUAUACCCUCUGGUGCCUCGUAUUCCGACCCCAACAACGACGACGACGCUCCUUGUGGGGCCGACGACUACUAUUAUCCUGAGCAUUUUGAAAAUCAUCCAGGAUGAAGACGGGCAGCUUCUUCGCUCUCGCUACGGCUGCUGCGGGCUUCUUGGGCCAUGCGGUCGCUAUUGAAGUUGACUUCACCUCGCCAGCUUCCGUGAAGACUGCCGCAUCCUCCAUCGCAUUCGAUUUGAUGAGCUACUACACAGGAAACCAAUCUGGACAGUAUAACAUCCCGGGGCUCCUCGAACAGCCUCCGUCCGGAUACUUCUGGUGGCAGGCUGGUGCCAUGUGGAACACCAUGCUCGACUACUGGCAUAUAACAGGCGACAAUUCCUACAACGAAGCUAUAUCACAAGCUCUGGUCUUCCAGGUUGGCAAUGAUCGAGACUACAUGCCCACCAACCAAACAAAAGCACUGGGAAACGAUGACCAAGGCUUCUGGGGAAUGGCCGCGAUGACGGCCGCGGAAUACAACUUCCCCAAUCCUCCAAAGGAUCAACCACAGUGGCUCGCUCUCGCACAGGCCGUGUUCUACACCCAAGCUUCGCGCUGGGACGAUGCUCAUUGUAACGGUGGUCUUAAAUGGCAGAUUUUCCGAUUCAACGUCGGAUACGACUACAAGAAUGCCAUUUCCAACGGCUGCUUUUUCAACCUCGGUUCCCGACUGGCCAGGUACACCGGAAAUGAUACGUACUCAAAUUGGGCCGAGAAGACUUGGGAGUGGACACAAAGUAUUGGCCUCAUUGAUGCGCAGUUCAAUAUCUAUGAUGGUACGGAUGAUCUAAGCAACUGUACGUCGAUCAACCAUGUCCAAUAUAGUUACAAUGCCGGAGUCUGGAUUCUUGGUGCUGCUACUAUGUAUAACAUCACCAAAUCCGACAUCUGGAAAGCCCGUGUCCAAGGCCUCCUCGACCGCUCCAUCAAAGUAUUCAGCGACGCCGCCACCGGCAUCAUCAUCGAACGCGACUGCGAGCUCACCGAGCCCGCCUCCUGCAACACGGACCAGAAAUCAUUCAAAGCCUACAUAACCCGCUGGAUGGCCGCAACCUCCAAAGUAGCCCCCUUCACCGCCGAUACCAUCUCCAAAUUCCUCUUAACCUCCGCCAAAGCCGCAGCUGCGCAGUGCACUGGCGGGGUCAAAGGCCGAGCCUGCGGGUUGCGGUGGGUGCAUAACGGGCAGACGGGCGUCUGGGACGGGACCACGGGAGUGGGCGAGGAGAUGUCGGCGCUUGAAGUGAUCCAGAGUACACUGAUUGGACAGACUCCUGGGCCCGUCACUAAUACUACUGGUGGGACGAGCCAGGGUAACUACAAGACGGGUAGCAACGCUAAAACCGCGGCGUCGUUAAUUAACGACUGGACCCCGACGACUGGAGACAAAGCUGGUGCUGGGGUUGUGACGGCGGUGAUUCUUGCGGGACUCGUGGGAGGGGUGGGGUGGAUGAUUAUGGCAGAUUGAUGGGGCGGCUUUGGGGUGGGUAUCACGACGGGUCGAGUUAGAUGGGGGUUUUUCAUGGUUAUGUGGCGCGCAAGCGGGGAAUGGUAAAUGGGCAAGGAGCUUGGGCGGCAGGCGUUAUCUUUUGUGAUUCUGUAUCUGUUUCCUAUGUGUUGUAGUAUGUACCUCCUAUCAGAUGGAAGAUUCUGUAUCUGUUUCCUAUGUGUUGUAGUAUGUACCGCCUAUCAGAUGGAA